ACGCAUGUACAGUGUGACCUUUCAGUGCAGCUGCCUGGGGAAGGCUGCACAUGCAUAGUAGACGGUCCGGAGCUGAAACACGACGACUUUAACUGUAUAAAUCCACCGUAAAUGGGGUUAUCUCCAUAUCAGCCGUUACUUUCGUCGCUCCUGUUUCCCUUGACCGAUUGUUGUGGAUGGAUUACAUUAUUCACCGUCUCACCGAGAAGACUUACAACGCCCAGUCAGCAACGGCAGCCAUAGCUCCGUCAUUGACGCUGGAGAAUAGUGUAAUCAGCCCCUGCAAUGGCAGUCUUUAGUCACCAGGUGCUCCUUGCCGUCACAAGAUCAAGGGGAUCAUAUUUGCUAUCCAAGAGGAACAGCUGUUCCUCUCUGUCUUCCAAAGCCUAUCUCCACAUAGACCCUCCCCGCCAAGUCUCGUCCCUACUCGCACUCAGGCACUCCCGUUUCGGCACCCCACACUGUUACCGUGGCCACAACUCCGCCCUGCUCACACGCUCUCUACACAGCUCCAGUGUUUGGCUGCAAGACGUAAAGCAGGAGGACACUAAAACCUCACCAGCCAUUGCCCAGGAUGCUUCUAAAAAGGAGUCCGCUACACCCCAGGCCCAACCUCCACCAGCUCCCACUCAGACUUCCGCCACUACAGCGUCCGCCGUCCCUCCGGUGCAGGAGAGGGCAGUUGUGAAAAAGGCUCUGUAUCAGAAGAUUGUAGAUGAGUUGAAGCAUUACUACAAUGGCUUCCGGUUACUUGGCAUCGAUAUCAAGAUUGCAGGCAGGAUGGUGUGGAGGCUGCUGCAUGGACAACUGCUCACACGCAGGGAGAGGAGAAGGCUUCUGAGGACCAGCGCUGACCUCUUCCGUCUGGUGCCCUUCACGGUGUUCAUCAUCGUUCCUUUCAUGGAGUUCCUUCUUCCCGUCUUCCUCAAACUCUUCCCAGAGAUGUUGCCCUCCACCUUCGAGACAGAGUCCAAAAAGGAGGAGAAGCAGAAGAAAGGUCUGGCAGCGAAGCUGGAGCUGGCCAAGUUUCUGCAAGAAACCAUUGCUGAGAUGGCUCGAAGGAAUAAAGCAAAAGCUCAGACAGAAGAUGAGACGCAGCGCUUCUCCACAUAUGUUCAGAAGGUUCGGGGCACAGGCGAGCAGCCCACUACAAAGGACAUAGUUCGGUUUUCAAAAUUGUUUGAGGACGAACUGACGCUGGAGCACCUAGAGCGCCCCCAGCUGGUGGCUCUGUGUAAGCUGUUGGAGCUGCAGCCCAUCGGCACAAACAACUUGCUGCGUUUUCAGCUGAUGAUGCAACUCCGAACCAUCAAGUCAGACGAUGAGAUGAUUGCAGCAGAGGGCGUGGCCGCUAUGAGUGUGUCCGAGUUACAGGCAGCGUGUCGUAGUCGAGGGAUGAGGUCUCUGGGUCUCACCACCGACCAGCUACAUCAGCAGAUGCAGCAGUGGCUGGACCUGCACCUGAAGGAAAACGUUCCUCCGUCGCUGCUGCUGCUUUCUAGAGCGAUGUACCUGACUGACGUCAAACCAAAACCUCCAGUUAUCCCGCCUGUUCCCAAACUAGAGAAAGCUACUCCUCCUCCAGUGGAGAAUACAGGAGCAAACACGACCUCAGUCAGCACCGACAUGUUGGCGGACCCUGCUCUCAUCAUCAAAGACAGACCGGUGGAGGAGUUGAGAGACAAGGCUCCUGUGGUGUCAGACAAACCUCUGACUCCUGCUGAAGUCCUUCAGGCUAAAGCAGCAACAGAGGUGUCCCAGAAGAGCAAGAUGAGUGCCAACGGUGUGUAAAGUGGAGCAGGAGCCCCUGGACUGAAGGGAGGAAGAACUCAGCUCUGUGUCCUCGUGGGGGGGGUGGGGAUCCGUUCAGCAUUGUGUCUGGCAUGUUGAUCCUCAGAGUCCUGUUCCCGCUUUGUCCAUCUCUCUGUUAACACCUGGGAAAAGGCCUGCUGCCUCUUCUGCUCUGUCUCAGCAGCUGCUUUGUCUCAGCAGCUGCUUUAUACCCUCAAACCCUCUGAUUUGUGCACUCCGAUCUCUGUCACUCUCCGUUAGAGCUGGACAAACCACCCUGACAGUUCACUGGACUGGCAGAACAUUGAUGGUGUGUUUACUUUGAUCUAAUGUCCUGGAAGUGACGCCUAAACCGCCCACGGCAGAGCCUGGUCAACUGUCUGUUUGAUGGUGUCUGCUUACAGUCCAGACGGUCUCCUCCUCCUCCUCCUGUACAUUUGUAAAUAUUCUGUAUAUUUCUGUCCCCGUCUUGCAUCGCAGCAGCAGCAGCAGCUUUGUAUAUUUUGCUAUGCAAAGUCUACAGUCCCCUGAACAUUUUCAAGUUUUUCUCUCUUGAUAGUUUUAUUUGCAUUUGAUUUGGUUUCCUUUUUUGCUCCUCUUCAGGAUGUAAGAGAAGUCAUCCUUUUUAUUUCAGAAAUAUGUUGCUGAACUUUUUGGUUCAGUAGCGCCCCACCUUCAGUAAGCUGGACCAUUCUGAUGUGCUGAAGCAGACGGCACAUGUGAACCUGCUGAUGAAAUGUAAAGCAAAAUGGUUCGUUCAUAAUGUGAUCAUGUCAUUACACCAGCUGCAGAUUUGGUCCGGCCCUCCAUCUGAACAGGGUGACGUAGUGUAGCUGCUUGCUGCUGCUGCUAUUAGCAAAUGAAGACUGGUGUAAUAUUAAGAGAAAGGUCACUCCUUCAAUCCAGAGGUGACGGUGGUAAAGUGCAGUCUGCCUCCACUGGUAAACCACUGAACGGACAAUCUGCAAAAUGUGCAGAUUUUAUUUGCAUAUACAGUGCAUAUGCACGGUAUAUUGUGUUUUAACACUAUGAUACUAAGAUUUAUUUUAAACUGAAAAUACUUGAUGUUAUCAAUUACAAUAUAUUAUUAAUAUGGAGGAGAAGCUUAAAUUCCCACAAAUGAGAUGACCCUAAAAGAGAUAAAUGUAAAGCAUUAAGACUGAUUCGCCCAAAUAUCCUUCUGCAUUUUAUGAGUGUAAAAGCUGUAAUUGGAAGGUUUACCACAUAAAUGUUUACUGAAUGAAUACAGCUUUGUGUGUGUUUGACAGGGCUUAAGAUUUUCCAUCCCUCUUUAUACAUUUGACAUUGUUGGAGUAACAUUUUGCCUCCAAACAUCCUCAUUGAUAUUGUAUCUAUAGGUACAAGUCGAUGCCAUAUAUGAAAAGGAUAUUUUUUAAGCAAAUAAAGAUUUAUUUUAUUGGUUUUACAAAUGUGCCUAAGGUUAAAGGGCGAUUGUGUUUGUGUUUGCAUUUUUCAUCAGAGAACAGAUUUCUAUAUUGUACAUUUUGUUUUUGGUUUGAUCAUUCACCUCAGUGUGUUUAAAGCGCCCAGUUUCUCUUUAGUGGAAUGUCUCCUCCCGUCCCCAUAAGAUCCAAGUAUCAAUCUAAAUUAAUCCUUUCCUUAUCACCUGUGUUGAUCCUGAUGAAAAAGCAAUCACCUUUUCAAUCAGCUCUGCACAUGUGGUGCAAAGGGAAUCAAAAAUAAAUUAAAAGAAUAAGAUUAGUUGCUUUCUCAUCUCUGGUUUGUUCUCUGCUGCCAUCUUUAAAGAAGGAACCAGGACGUGGAGUGGAUGUGAACUGAGUUAUGCUACUUUUACGGCAUUUAUUUUUUGGAAACAAAAGGUUGGUGCUCUUCAACAACACCUGUCACUGACCUGUGUAGAAAGCUGUGUCAUGUUGAUGUGCUGCUCCUCAGACUUGUUUAGUUGAUCUGCUGGGAGGUUUUCUGAUGUUGAAGACUUGUACCGUCUGUUGCAUGCUUAAAGGAUUGCAGCAUUAAAUAACGGGUAUGACAACACUGGUUUCAGGUUUUUGCUGUGCCUCUGAGAUCUUAAAACUGAAAUGAAAAAGUCUUGUCAAUUUAUUGGACAGGAUGCAUUCUACAUCCACAAUUAAUUUAUCCUCAGAUAAAUCCUUAAUUACUUUCCUGGUAUCUCAGAUAGUUUAUUACAUCAACGCCAUCAGGACGUGUCCUUGUGUCUUUAGGGAUUAUUUCUUUCAGUUAAAAAACACUGCUGUCCAGUUAGUUCUUACCCUGCAUUUAAUGUGUGCAUCACUUUACCUUGGCAAAUGAGUGUCUGGGUGACGGAAUACAAAAUUCACACAAAUAAAAUGAUUAAACCCUUUA